GGCUCUGCAAAAGCCCGCUUACAUGAUUGCAACUGGGAGAAUUCCUUGCUGGGGAUUUUCUCUCAACAGAUUCCUGUUGCUUUUGUUCCGGAAUAUGGCAAACAUUGUUGGGGCAAAGAGGAAAGGCAAUCCAAAGCCCCAUGUCCUGGUAUGAACGUUUGCGUUGGCCUACAGGGCCUGUGUGUCUUGGAUCAGGCCAAUGCGAUGUUUGCUUCAGUUGGAUUAUGUUCUGCUGGCAAACCUGUGCAAGCUUUGGAGGACCGCAGAGUUCUUCAAGAGGCUCUUUGGUCCCAGACAUCUGGCAAGAAAUAUGCAGGAAACAGUGGUGGAAAACAAUUUCUGAUGAAAAACUCACCAGGCGAGCGGGGAUUUGUCAACUGUACGCUGACGACACUCAGCUGUACAUCUCCACCCCGAACCACCCCAAUGAAGCCGUUGAUGUGAUGACUCGGUGCCUUGAGGCCGUGCGGGUCUGGAUGGGGACGAACAGACUUCGGCUCAACCCAUCCAAGACAGAGUGGCUGUGGAUACCAGCGUCCCGGCACAGUCAGCUAAUUCCAUCGCUGACUGUGGGGGGCGAAUUGUUGGCCCCCAGGGAAUUGGUGCGCAAUUUAGGCGUUCUCCUGGAUGCACAGCUGUCUCUAGAAGACCACUUGACGGCCAUCGCCAGGGGAGCUUUUUAUCAGGUUCGCCUGAUUCGCCAAUUGCCCCCUUUCCUUGAUCGGGACUCGUUAUGCACAGUCACUCAUGCCCUCGUUACUUCCCGUCUGGAUUACUGCAAUGCUCUCUAUAUGGGGCUCCCCUUGAAGAGCACCAGAAGGCUCCAACUGGUACAGAAUGCGGCCGCGCGCGGGAUUGAGGGAGUGUCUCGCAGCUCCCAUGUAACACAUCUCCUGCGCAGGCUGCACUGGUUACCGGUGGUCUUCCAGGCAUGUUAAGUGCAGGCUUUACAGAAAUGGAUACCAGCACAAGAAGGUUCGUUUGAUCAACUGUCUUGGCUUCUUCCAGCUGUGUAUUUCUCUUUAUUUUAUGCCCGUCUGACACUAUAGCAAAAGAAGUUCUCAGUGUUUUUCCUAUUGGUUGUUGGGGUUGUUGUUUUUUUAUAUCUUGCAGGAUAAACUUACACAGCCCAGGCCAUAAUUCCUAGUGGAGUCACAAAUCAAGAUUGCUGCAUCAGUAAAAAGGCAGAGCACAUGUUGGAAACAAGAAGAGGUAACAGGCACCAGAUUCUUUCUGGCAAAGCUGGAAGAAAUGUACGCCAAAUACUUGUGAAGGCUCGCAAUCAGAAAGUAGAAGAAUCUGGGAUCCGCCUUAAUGGGAAAAGCAACCAAGGAGAAAUGAUGAAUAAACAAAGACUACAUUGGAUCUGCUUAUGUGAAAAUAUCUUCCCCAAAAGAUAUAUCCUGUUGUAAAGGUCUUCUCAAUUGAUACAGAUCCUGCAACUACUCACAAUAAGCUUCAUAUAAACUGGCACCUCAAUUAAAUUUUGCAAGACUUUCACAGUGAAAUCCUCUUUAUGUGAACCCUAAACUAAGUUGCAGUGAGUUAGUUAGGGUUAGGCUCCAUGUUAGGAAUAAAAAACCGGUGCCAAACAUCAGGAUGACCUCUAGAUCAGGGGUCUCCAACCUUGGUCCCUUUAAGACUUGUGGACUUCAACUCCCAGAGUUCCUCAGCCAGCUUUGCUGAGGGACUCUGGGAGACCCUGGGGAGUUGAAGUCCACAAGUCUUAAAGGGACCAAGGUUGGAGACCCCUGCUCUAGAUAGCAGCAUAGAGAUGCAGAAAAAGUAUUUUUUUUUAAUAGUGUUCCACUGUUAUUUGUUGGUCCUUUGGAUUUGGCCACUCAGAUCUUGCUGGCUUAGUUUACCCUCAGUAUGUUAUUUGGACUGAAUCCUGAAUCAUGUGCAAAUAUGGUUGUUUUCUAAUAUGGUUGUUUACUGCCCACUUUGUAUGUGAUGGGCGGCGAUAUAAAUUUACUAAAUAAAUAAUAUAGAAAAAAAAGUACAAUAUUCCCUGACAAUGUGCCUCAGUACAAACAGGUAGAAGAUCUUCUCCAGUUUAAUGAACUUGUGGAAAGCUAAUAGUAUUUCACAAAAAUGCCUUCUUCCUUUUGCAUUUGGCCUCCUUAUUCCACGCUUCUCUUUAUCAUACAACAAUUACCAGUUCCUAAGGUUUUUUGUUUUACCUUAGCUAACAAUGGAAACCAAAUGGUAUUUCACCUAGCAAACCAUAACAUUCACCUAUCCCCAAGAAUGAAUCUGGGGAAAAUUCACCCACCCGAAGGAAGAAUUUCUCAUAAGUCACAUUUUAUUUACACAAUGUUUAGAUUGCAACCCAACAAUUACUUGGUGCCAAUUCUAUCUUUGAAAAAUAGUUAUUUCAUACACCUCAAUCUUAUAUAACUUUACUGAAAAGUAAGAAGCUACUACCACAUGGAUAUUGUGCCAAUUUUAAAAGGACUUCCAGAACACUGUGAUUUUAAGGUAGUGGUGUUUGAGGGCUGAACUACUUUUUUCCUUUCCUUUCCUUUUGUUUUCUUUUCUUUUUUUUAAUACUGCAGCUUUGUCGAUUUUAUGGAUGACCUGUUUCCUCAUUUACAGAAAUUUCUUGAGUUACCCUUGCUGUAUAAAG